CAGCUGCGGAACAGUGCUUCGUGAGCGGUUGCGCAUCGCGCAUCAGAAUAGCAGGCUGCGUGUGUGUGCUCUCCAGUGACGGUGCUGGUGGCGUGAAGCGAAGGUGGCGAUUGUUUUCACACUGUUUCGGUGUGUGUUCCAAGUAUGGAAAAUUGUGCCGUGUAGGAACUCCGCGGUGGACAAUUUUCACACUCGCUUGAACCAUGGUUUGGAAAGUGAACUAACGCGUAACGCAAUAAAACAAUACGGCUAAUUCUGCUGUCCGCUGUCGUGCGUGGGCCGAGCCCAACAUUGAAUGCUGCCGCACACCCGCUUCGUCAUCUCAUCAUCAGUAGCACCUGUAGCGUUCCAUUCGCUGUGCCACUAGAAGUGCCUUGAGAAAACAGUGCCACGCCCGUGAACGAUGCUGACGAAUCGAGCGUUCCGUAUCCUUACCUACCUGUUCGGUAGUAUAAACAUUUUCUUCGUACUGGUCAUACUGAGCAUGGGAGCUGAGCAGUUGCUGAUUAGCUGGCGAACAGCUAUAUACGAGCUCGUGAUACCGUGUGCCUUAAACAUCUUCUUCGCAAUGUGCUGGAUGAUCGGUGCGCAGCUGUGGCGGCCGGGUCUGAUCGCCAUGUUUAAGUACUUCUCCUACCUGCAGAUGUCGCUGAUCGCUGCCGUCAUCCUCUAUUCGGCGUACUACAGCUACGCCAAAGGACUUACCUCCAAUCUGCUUACCGUGAUGUCUCUACUAACUUCCUUGUUUUUCCUCUGCCUGAUGGAAGUGCUCAUAGCGAUUGGGACGGAACGAGCCAUAGCGAAGGAACGGAACGUUUUGCGGCUCGUACACACUGGCCAGGAAAUGUCCGACUGGAGUCAUACUUAGUGAGGAGGGGAAGACAAACCAAGCGCACACCAGAUCCUUGCGAAACGCAAAAAAGCCUUCUAAAGUGUAAUUGUAACAAGCUUUAAGCUAUUCAGAUGGCCUUAUAGCUAUGCUCCAAAGCAAAAGCGUCUAUGUGUUGUAGGUUCGCAAAUGUUGUUAGCCAAAAUACCUCCAGUUUAAACAAACUGUCACUCGCUGUAAGUACUGUACGUGUUUACGAUAUUAAUAAAGAUUCUAUCGCGCAAGAUGAUUGUAGCUUAA